UGUUGUGGGUGAGUGAUGAUGAGUUUGUUUCACUUAGCUUCAAAGCAAAGGCUUACAUGAAAAAAAUCAUAAUUUCAAACAUAAAAUACAAAAAAGGCGUCAUUGAUGUUUCUGGUAGUAAUCAUAUAUUUCUUAAGUUUCACUACUCAUAUAAAGAAGUCCUAAAAAUAAACAUAGAUGAUCAAACAAUGGCGACUUCGAUUCUAACAUUCUUGCUUCUUCUAGCAACAAAGCUUCCUGAAACACUCGCCGGUCACUGCACCACCACGACGGCGACAAAAACUUUCGAGAAAUGUAUCUCUCUUCCGACGCAACAAGCUUCAAUAGCGUGGACGUACCAUCCACACAACGCUACUCUCGACCUUUGUUUCUUUGGAACUUUCAUCUCACCUUCCGGGUGGGUUGGGUGGGGGAUUAAUCCGGAUUCUCCGGCUCAGAUGACAGGCUCUCGGGUCCUCAUCGCCUUCCCCGAUCCGAACUCCGGCCAGCUUAUUCUCCUUCCUUACCUUAUUCUCCUUCCUUACGUUCUUGACUCCUCCGUCAAGCUCCAGAAGUCUCCUCUGCUUUCUAGUCCGCUUGAUCACCUCCGUCUCUCUUCCUCCUCUGCUUCCCUCUACGGUGGUAAAAUGGCCACCAUCAGAAAUGGCGCUUCCGUUCAGAUUUAUGCCUCUGUUAAGCUCUCUUCGAACAGUACCAAGAUCCACCAUGUUUGGAACAGAGGUCUUUAUGUCCAAGGUUACUCUCCUACUAUUCAUCCCACUACUUCCAUCGAUCUCUCCUCCUUCUCAACCUUUGAUGUCACUUCAGGAUUUGCAACGGUUAGUCGAAACAGUGGUUCAAGAGCUUUGAAAGUGACUCACGGAGUACUCAACGCGGUGGCAUGGGGCUUUCUCCUCCCAGCUGGAGCAGUAACAGCUCGAUAUCUCCGCCAAAUGCAAUCGAUCGGACCAACUUGGUUCUACAUUCACACAGCCAUACAGCUAAGUGGUUUCCUCCUUGGAACCAUUGGCUUCUCCAUUGGAAUUGUGCUCGGACGGAACUCUCCAGGAGUGACAUACGGGUUACAUCGGAGCCUCGGGAUAGCUACGUUCACUGCAGCGGCGCUGCAAACACUGGCUUUAUUGUUCAGACCAAAGACGACCAACAAGUUCCGGAGAUACUGGAAGUCUUACCAUCAUUUUGUUGGGUAUGCAUGUGUGGUGAUGGGUGUGGUGAAUGUGUUCCAAGGGUUCGAGGUGUUGAGGGAAGGUCGAUCAUACGCGAAGCUUGGUUAUUGUCUGUGUCUGUCGACGCUGGUUGGUGUCUGCGUGGCCAUGGAAGUGAACUCGUGGGUUGUGUUUUGUCGCAAGGCUAAAGAGGAGAAGAUGAAGAGAGAUGGUUUGACUGACGAUAGAUGCAGCAGUGGGAUUCAUAGUUAGGUCUUGGAUUAAAAAAAUCUCAUGUACAAUGUACAUUUUUGAGGUGUUCCAUCACUGUUCAUAUAAGAUCUAGAUCUUGAUUUUGUUAUAUUUCAAUAUGCUAAAUGAUCAGAUAUGAGGAAUUUUUCAGAUAA